CUUCAGGCAAAUGGUGGAUCGUCUAUUGUAGACAACACUGUGAUUGGAUUAAAUCCAAAUGUUGAAUUCUUGAAGAAAGUCUCUGAACAGUCAGGUGUGAAUAUCAUUGCAGGCACAGGUUUUUAUGUCGACAUAACUCAUAGCGAUGAAACUCGUAAAACCCCUGCUGAGAAACUGGCGUCACUAAUGGAACAUGAUAUAAUAUCUGGUGUUGGCACCUCUGGAAUACAUUGUGGGGUUAUUGGAGAAAUUGGCUGUUCGUGGCCCCUCACAGACAGUGAACGUAAGGUACUGAGAGCUGCAGGAAUGGCGCAAGAACACACAGGAUGUCCAAUAAUUAUUCACCCAGGGAGGAAUCCCAAAUCACCUGCUGAGAUUCUGAGGAUUUUGACGGAAGCAGGAGCGAAAGCUGACCAGAUUGUAAUAUCCCAUCUGGACAGAACUCUCCUCGACAAAGAAUCGAUUCUCGAGUUUGCUGAGAUGAAGUCUUAUUGUGAGUUUGAUCUGUUUGGAAUCGAAACCUCUCACUACCAACAGGAAGAGAACAUCGAUAUGCCCAGUGAUGCCCAGCGCAUAGAGAGGAUCGGAUGGCUCAUUGAUGCUGGCUUCCAGGACAAAAUCACUAUAUCACAUGACAUACAUACUAAACACCGAUUGAUGAAGUAUGGUGGUCAUGGAUUUUCCCACAUCCUCCUGAACAUAGUCCCAAUGAUGAAAACCAGGCAGAUCAGUGAAGAUGUCAUCAACAAAAUAUUGAUUGAAAAUCCCAAGAAGUGGCUCACCUUUAAGUAGCAGAGCCUCACUCAUGCAGCCUUUUCUACCGUCUUCUCAAACUGAACCAUUUUUGAAGUUUGUAAUUUUUUAACGUGACUUACUGCCGGGACACAAUGAAGGGAUGUGAGGUGUGUUUGUAUGUAUGUAUGUGUGUGUGUCUGUAUAGAUGCAUAUACACACAUACAUACAUUUAUAUUUAUAUACACACACACAUGCAGGAAGUAGACACCUUUAAUUAUCAAAAUCUUUAAUUAAUACGCAAAGCAAACAAUUGAAAUGUAAUCGAUAGGUAGGACUACAUACUUUGGUAUUUAGUUGACAUUCCCUCAGCAGUUUUUAAUUCAGAAACUCUUUUUGGCAUUGAACUGAUGAGCUUUGUGAUUGUCUCUUGUGGAAUUCCUGCCCACUUUUCACACAACAAUCGAAACAUCUUUAGAUUUAGGUUUCUGUCGAGUUUUUCGUAUAGCUUCUAUCUAGUAUGCUCCAAAGAUUUUCAAUUGGGUUCAUGUCAGGAGAUUGGCUCGGCCAAGGAAGCCUUUUGAUCCCAUUUUCAG